AUGACGGCUAGUCUUGGACACCCUCUGUCUGACUCUGGGGGUAGUGAUGAACACGCACGCAGCCCAGGAGGUGCUCAGCGGCACGGAUCAGGGGCUCAGAAGCACGGAUCAGGUGCUCAGAGCCACGGAUCAGGUGCUCGGAGCCACGGAUCAGGUGCUCAGAGCCACGGAUCAGGUGCUCAGAAGCACGGAGGUGGACAAAGCCACGGAUCAGGGGCUCAGAGCCACGGAGGUGGACAAAGCCACGGUGGUAGUCAAAGCCGGGGAGAUGAUCACGGUGGAUAUGGCGGUGGUAAGAGCUAUGGAUACAGUGUUAGCUACAUUGGUGGAUAUGGUAAUGGCGGAGGACAUUCUGUUGGUGGCACUGGUGGUGGAUAUGGCCAUAGCAGUGGGUACGGCCACAGUGGUGGAUAUGGCCACAGUGGUGGAUAUGGCCACAGUGGUGGAUAUGGCCACAGUGGUGGAUAUGGCCACAGUGGUGGAUAUGGCCACAGUGGUGGAUAUGGCCACAGUGGUGGAUAUGGCCACGGUGGUGGAAAUAGCCACAGUGGUGGAUAUGGCCACGGUGGUGGAUAUGACGAUAGCAGUGAAUAUGGCGAUAGCAACGAGUAUGGCCAUAGCAGUGGAUAUGGCCACGGUAGUGGAUAUGGCCACAGUGGUGGAUAUGGCCACAGUGGUGGAUAUGGCCACGGUGGUGGGAAUGGCCACGGUCAUGGCAGCGAUCUUGGUGGCGGAUUUGGACUUGGCCACGACGGCGGAUUUGGUCUUGGCCACGACGGCGGAUUUGGCCAAGACUGUGGAUUCGCUUGUGGAAACGGAUUCUCUUUUGGUGGCCUUGGAUUCGGUGGAUUCGGCCUAAGAAGUGAAUAUGGACGCAAUGCUCUAGGGACCAAGGAAAGUCCAGAGGGAAAACUGGGAAGCAAACGCCUCACAGAUAAAUUGAAAAGUAAAUAA